AUGAUGUUCUUCGCCGCCCUCCUAUACGGCGUGACACCAUUUCUUAUCAUGGCGUACAGCUGGCACCAAGGGCAGACACCUCUGGUGAAGCUGCUUCCGUUCAAGUUGGCCCUGCCGUAUGAUUCACAGGACACCCUCUUCUUCGUGCUCACGACGCUGUUUCUCAACUAUGCGUCGACCCCAACCAUCACCUCACAGGGCAGUGACGCGCUGUUCAGUGGCGUAUGUCUGUACGUCCACGGUCAGCUCAAGGGAAUAAAGCUUGACCUGGAGGCACUUGCCACGCCGGAAUCUGGCCGCACCAUCGGCGCAGAUCCCUUAAAAGCGGACCCCUUGGAAGCACGUCACGUUAACCGCGAGCUGAGGCGAAUCAGCGUACGCCACCAGCAAGUCAUCGAGCUGGUCGAUGAUGUCCGCUCCGCGUUUUCCACGAACGUGCUGCUGGUGUACACCUGCACGGCACUCAUCAUGUGCAUCGUCUGCAUUGCAAUGCUGAUCGUAAGUCCCCCCAUUCACGUGUUCCAUUUUUCAACAGUGACAUACCGGUGUUCACUCAACCGACAGGUCGAAGGACUCUACAAGCUAACCUACUUGCCGUACGCCAUUGCCGAGCUGGUGCUUCUGUUCCUGUGCUCCUACAGUGGCACCAUCAUACGUGAUUCGGUAGUAAAAAACACAUUUCCAAUUCCACGCAAAUUAAUCAUUGCAAUUUUGGUUUUCCUUCAGAGUGAAGCCAUCCAAACGGUGGCAUACAGUUUUCCCUGGUACCGGUACAACCGCGAUACGCGCCAUCUGAUACAGAUGAUGAUGAUUCGGGCGCAGCAUGGAUCGAAUUUGGAUGUUCCCUUUUUCGAGACCUCUAUGGCCACCUUUUCGACGAUUGUUCGUACGGCUUCCUCGUACAUUACUUUGAUGAAAUCAUUUUUGUAA